AUGUCGCUACCCAUAUCACUUGCGUGCAGAUUCGUUGCGGUGCAAGCGAAGGAUGCCCUCGAUGAGGUCAACCCUGGUGACGUAAUUGAACUCGGGCACGGAGACUACUGGGAAGAUCUCAAGACACGGACCGAUGGAACGGCCGACAUGCCAAUCACCAUCCGCGGGGCUGCGGGGACGGACGACAGAGAAAACGUCGUUCUGCGCGGCGACGGCACUAGCUCCAGGGUGUUGGAAAUCAAACACGACUACUACAUCAUCGAGGACUUCACGGUGGACGGAGACGCGGAAGAUGAUCCCAACCGUAAUUCGGAUUCGGAUUCCGCCGAGGAUAUGUGGCGCGACAUACUCAUCUACGCCAUCGCCGACCGGGAGCCCACCGAAAGGGAUGGGGGCUAUGUUUCUACGCUAGACGGUCUGGUGAUUCGCAAUAUGAAGCUUGCCAACGCCGGUGGCGAGUGCAUCCGCUUGCGCGAUGUCGGAACCUCGAGCGAUCAGUGGGAAGACGGGCCGGACGUGUGCAUGGGCAACAUCAUCCGUGACAACUACAUCCGGACAAGGGGUAACGAAGGUAUUGACGUGAAAGAAGGAAGCGUUGACACCCUGAUCGAGUUAAACGAGGUGCACAUGCAAUACGACAAGGAGUCCGGAGGCAUCGGAAGCCGUGGUGACCGGAGCAUCAUCCGCUACAACCACAUCCAAGACACGGACGGCGCGGGUGUCCGUCUAGGCGGCCAUGUCGUCGACAACAUUGAGUACGGCGCCAACAACCAGGUAUACGGAAACACCAUGAUCGACUGCCGGGCCUCCGCAGUAAAGGUCAUGGUCGAACCCCAGGGUCAGAUCUGCGAGAACGAGGUUAUACUUCCUGAUGACGUUGACGAGGACGACAGCACGCGAAAAGGGGUAGGAAGUGGCUCUCAUGGAGGAGUGCAAUGCGGUGCCGCCGUUCUAUCCCCGCUGACGAAUGUUCGUCAAAGAUGGAUCUGGAGAAGAAGUGACCCCGACACUGGCGGCAACACCCGAGCCAACCACCGAGGCGCCAACGACCGAGGCGCCAACGACCGAGGCGCCAACGACCGAAGCGCCAACGACCGAGGCGCCAACGACCGAGGCGCCAACGACCGAAGCGCCAACGACCGAGGCGCCAACGACCGAGGCGCCAAUGACCGAAGCGCCAACGACCGAGGCGCCAACGACCGAGGCGCCAACGACCGAAGCGCCAACGACCGAGGCGCCAACGACCGAGGCGCCAAUGACCGAAGCGCCAACGACCGAGGCGCCAACGACCGAAGCGCCAACGACCGAGGCGCCAACGACCGAGGCGCCAACGACCGAGGCGCCAACGACCGAAGCGCCAACGACAGAGGUGCCUCCGACCCAACCGCCAACGACCGAAGCGCCAACGACCGAGGCGCCAACGACCGAGGCGCCAACGACCGAGGCGCCAACGACCGAGGCGCCAACGACCCAACCGCCAACGACCGAGCCAACGACCGAGCCCGGAACUGGUAA